AUGUCGCGACUUAUUGUUAUUCUCGGUAUUACCGGUGUGCAAGGAAGCUCUGUCGCCGAUGCUUACCUUUUAAGUCCGGGUUGGAAGAUCCGUGGUGUGACACGCAAUGCUGCCUCUGAUAGCGCAAAGAAAUGGGAGAUGAAAGGCGUUGAGAUGGUCGAAGGUGACCUGGAUGAUGUGGAGUCCUUGAAACAAGCCUUCGUAGGAGCCGACAUUAUUUUCGGUGUCACCGACUUCUGGACAAUCUUCAAAGACCCAGAAAGCCUCAAGAAGAAGAAGCCCAGCCAAUCGCUCGUGAAAUAUUGCUACGACGUCGAGCUCCAGCAGGGAAAGAAUAUUGCCGAUGCUGCGGCCACUGUUCCUAGCCUAUUCCGAUAUAUCUUCAGCUCAAUGGCCCAUGCGAAGAAUUCCAGCAACGGCAAGUUCGCUGAGCUUUAUCACAUGGACUCUAAAGCAGACGCAGGAAUCUAUGCACAGAGCCUCUCAGCCCUGGCUGGAAAAUUCUCGCAGGUUCAGGCACCCAUUUACUUCCAGCUCCCUUGGGAGUGGGGACUUCCUACAACGCCGAAGAAAGUAGCUGAUGGCACGUGGCGAAUGGCAGGAAUUGGCCCAGGUAACAAGGGUAUUCCGUUCGGACACGUCCGCAAAGAUUUCGGUCCCUGCGUCAAGGCUGUUGCUGAGUCCGAGCCUAAUGUCAACCUGUUUGCUGUUGGAGAAUACGUGUCGUGGUCCGAUUAUCUCCGAAUUUUUUGUGAAACCCAAGGUUUCAAGUAUGGUGGCUAUGACGAGCUUUCCUAUGAUAAAUUCUGCGAGUUGCUUCCCGGAGGUCUUGGUCACGAAUUCGCUCACAAUGUACUAUUUGCUCAUGAGUUUGGGUACGAAGGUAUUGACCCUGCAGUUGUACGACCAGAGAAGCUUGGUCUGAAAAUGACUUCGUUCCGUGAAUAUUGUCAAGAGACUGAUUUCGGGGCACUGAAUGGUGGGAUGUGA